GGGAAGAGAGGUUUGCGGCAGAGAAAAAGAUCUGUUUCCUCAACCUUUUGGCAAAGAAAAAUUCACGUCGUGUCAAUGCCGGAAUGCCGAUAAAGAAUGUACGCAACUGUCUUGUCCAUACAAACCGGCUUGUCUGCAUCCUGCUAUCCUUCCAGAUAUCGAGUGUCCAACUUGUCCCAAAAAUGGUGAAUCGAUUACGGGGAAAUUUAUACUGGAAAUCCUAACAGAAAUCCUACUGUAUUUGGAUAUUCACUCUCAAGCUAAAGCAAAACGCACCUGUCAUCUGUGGAACGAACUACUAACGCAAUCUUCUCCAUUGGCCUGCUUCACGGUGGACUUCCAGUGUGUCAGCACAGAGGCGUCAGGCCUCCGGGAACAUGAGUGCUAUCUUGCUAGUUACUUAGUGGAUCGCCACGUCGGUAACCUAACCAAAGUUCUGGUUCUGGCUAAUAUGGACCGUCGUGGAGCAGUUCGAAGCACGAUGCAGGCGGUGGCUUCUUUGCUGAAAUUCAAAAGCAUCCGUUUACCGAUAAUACAGAUUAAGGACUGCGCUGUGACCUUUGAAUUAUAUACUCUUGGUGGGCACCAUAGACUGCAGAACCUUGACGUGCUAAUGCCAUCUUGCCGAAAGCUCCUUGUCAGCAAUUACGCCAUUCGAUACCCUUUAUGUGACUGCUGCACUUUCCAUCAUAUGGUCAACGAACAAGCCACACGACCGGAAGAAUUUCCGCUGUUGAUUCCAAAGAUGUUGUUUGACGGCUCCGCAGUGCUUGUGAAAAAACCGGCAGCCCCUUCCACGAGGGGUUUUGGUGCGCGAUUUCCAUCUUCCGACGGAUAUUCCGACGAUUUGGAGGGCGCAGUGAGAAGUUUUGGCCAUCACGUAGACAACGAGCUGCCGUUGGCGGAGUGGGAUAUGGAUCAACUGCGACAACAACACACUGCAAUGGUUGACACGUGGUCCUAUCCCUCAGACUGGCAGGGUUUUCGGAAAUUUUUACAAUGGCACACAUUUGAUGCAAAGCAGACGUCGACUAGCUUUUGGGAGAAUCUGGACCUGCGCGAUUUCGAUAGCCUUCCCUUGAGUCGAUAUAUUCUGCAUUUCCUGCAACAGCACAGAGAUCUGUCCCUUGGUCAACUGCGAUGCUGA